AUGAAGAAAAUGUUUCCAAUGAUUAAGCAGUGUUUGGAUGAGUUGUUGAAUACGUUGGAAAUGUAUGCCAACGAUAAGAAGGAGGUGGACAUGAAAUUAAUGUAUGGAAACCUAACAAUGGAUGUCAUAUCUACCUGUGCUUUCGCCACCAAAACUAACUCAUAUAAAGACCCCAACAGUCCGUUCAUUAAGAAUGCUCACAAAGCCCUCAAUCCAAAGUCAUAUAGACUUGUGUUGUCUAUAAUGUUACCUAAAUUUGUGAUGAAAUUCAUAAAUAUGAAGCACGCGAUUGAAGAGACUUCCUGUCAAUUCUUCUUUAAACUGACCCGUCUUAUCAUCAAUGAUAGGAAAAAUAAAAAAGAUAAAGCAAAUGAAGUAAGCGAUGAGUUUGAUAGCAAUGAAUCACAUCAUGUGAAUGAAGGCAAAGAAGAAUUAGAGAUCCAGAAGAAAGUGAUGUCAGGAGUGGAGCACUACAUCACUGACGAUGAGAUUCUGGCCAACGCUUGGAUUUUCUUCGUCGCCGGUUAUGAGACGACUGCCACUACUCUGUCGUUCGCAACGUAUGAAUUGGCUCUCAAUCCAGACGUUCAGCAAAAACUAUACGAAGAAGUGAUGUCUUCAGUGGACACUAACGGAGAGAUU